GUGUCAAAUCUAAAUAAAAUGUUGAAUGCCUAAAUCCUCCAGUGCUUUAAAAUGUGGUGCAUUUGUGAAGGUUACGUGCCAUUUGUCAUUUACUGACAAAAGUAGCUGUAGCUUUUUUGACAGUUACGCCAAAUUGUAAGUAUUUAAUGAGUACCGAAGGGUAUGAUGUGAACCAGUCGUCCCAAUCAGAUCUUGUGAGAAAAUGUGAACAAAACUUUUACUUGACAGCGACGAUACAGGGUCGACUAUCUUACCUGUUGAUGUCCAUCCAUGCGGUGACUCCGUCGAUAUGUGCAAGAUUAACGACCUACAACCCGGGGCCUAUCCUUUUCUAUAACAUGCUGUACGGGGUCGCCGCCCAUUUGCAUUGCAGACCUCACAUGCAGCUGCUAGGAAGUUUCCACAGAGUCGCGUUUAGUAUUUUAGGCUCGAUCGCUUUCAACCACUCUUGCAUGAUGGGGUUUCAGUGGGUGGUAAAUACGUUCCCCAUGCGUCCUUACCUUCGAACGUUCAUGGGAUUUUUCGUUGGUAGAUUAAUGAUGGUUUACUUCCUCGCUUAUAUGUACCAUGUCGAUUCGCGCAGUGUGGUUGGCCAAAUUGUGGAACGCGAUGCUAAUUAUGAAUCGAUGUAUUUGUAACUUUUACGAGUGGGUACCUAAUAAAUACUUACA